GCCAUGGCCAAUGAAUAACGAAGAGCUUGACGGCCCAAUACACCUUUUAGAGAGAGAAAGAGAAUCACAGAUACAGUGAAGUGCCAUGGCUACCUUCUCUCUCAUGGCCCUCGUUUCAUUCCUCAUGUUUCUUCUCACCCAACCUCUCUCUUCCAAUGCAAAUCUCUACAAAACCUCUCUCUUCAGAUCCAAACUCCCUGAACCCAUCCAUGAUGCUCCUACUGUUUACUUUGAAGUAACAAAGGACAUUCAAACCCACCACAAGAAACCAUGCUCUUCCCUUCUGGUUUUGCAACAUGAUUUCGGCCAAACUUAUGGAAAACCACCUGUUACUGCGUCUUAUAAUCCCCCCAAAACUUGCUCUAACUGGUCCAAAGUGGUAUUGGAAUGGACUUCUACCUGUAAAGGAAGGCAAUUUGAUAGGAUUUUUGGGGUUUGGCUUGGUGGCGUUGAGAUUCUUCGAAGUUGCACAGCUGAACCCAGAGCAACAGGCAUUAUUUGGACUGUAAAGAAGGACAUAACCAGGUAUUCUUCUCUUUUGAAACAACCCAACAAUUUGUCUAUUUAUUUAGGCAAUCUGGUUGAUAAUACAUAUACUGGAAUUUACCACGCCAAUGUCACUAUCCACUUUUAUCCCCCGGAAACACAUGGUGGUCUUGAUAAAAUUCAUUCAAAGAGGUUAAAUUAUGCUUCUAGUUUUGAUUCCCUUGCAGAUUUGAUAUUACCCAUUUCUCGAUCUCCACCGUUGAAUGAUGGGUUAUGGUUUUUGGUAGAGAAUUCAACUGAUGUGCAGGGUAAGGAAUUCAAGAUACCCCCAAAUGCUUAUAGGGCUGUUCUAGAGGUCUAUGUCUCAUUUCACUCUUCAGAUGAGUUCUGGUAUGGCAACCCCCCCAAUAAUUAUAUCGAGGCAAAUAAUUUGACUGCUACUCCCGGUAAUGGCCCAUUUAGAGAAGUUGUAGUGAGCUUAGAUGGAAGAGUAGUAGGUGCUGUGUGGCCAUUUACUGUUGUUUAUACUGGAGGAGUCAAUCCUCUUCUUUGGAGACCUAUUACCGGUAUCGGAUCAUUUGAUCUUCCCUCUUAUGACAUUGAUAUCACGCCAUUCUUGGGGUCAAUUUUGGAUGAGAAAUACCAUAGUCUUGGUUUUGGUGUUACAAAUGGCCUUAGUGUAUGGUUCAUAGAUGCCAACCUGCAUCUUUGGUUAGACAGUAGGAGUGAAAAGACAAAGGGUAAGCUUUUUAAGUACAAAGCCCCAGCUAUUAAGCCUACUUUAGUCUCGGAUUUCAAGGGUCUUAAUGGGGUGUUUUGGACUAAUGCUGAUAGGUAUAUAGACUCAACCGGAUGGGUAAAAUCGUCGUAUGGGAAGAUUACCACACAUGUGUUUCAUGGUUUCACAUACAUGAAUGAAAUGGUGUUUGGAAAGAAUGGGUCUAUGCAGAUCGUGAACCAGAAGAUUGGUAACAAUUAUGGUGUUUAUGCUAUGGUUCCCUCAGCCAAUAUUUAUUACAUGCAAUCCUUCCGAUCUUUUCCUCUUUACUUGUACACUGAUACUGUGGACCAAGAUAAUGACACUUACUCGUUUGUGUCCAAUAUUUCGUUGGGUUUCAAUACAGAUUCAUUUAAGGGUGCACGUUUUGGUUUCUUUGUUGAAUACCUAAGAAAUUUGCAGGAAGGUGAAGGCAAAAUGCUUGUCAAGGGCAACUUGGUAACCAGUGGAAUAGCAAGUACAGAACAAGCAUACAAGUAUGAUAGCUCAGAAGGUUGCUACUUUAGGACUGUUGGCAGUAAAAAUUACACAAUACUUUUUGAUCAAUCAGGAAAUAUUUGCGGCAAAAAAUUGCCAUCAUAUUCGGCGGUUGGUUUUGGUUCGAUGCCCUAUCACUUGGCAAGGCGAGCGUUCUUAGCAUCUCAUUCACAUUCACCACAUGGAGACUAAUUUGCCACUUUUUCUUCUCUAUGGUUAAUGGUUAAUGUUAUUCUUUAAGCCUUUCCAUUAGAUAGCUGUGCUUUUUCUCUUUUUCUUCUGAUCUGUCAAACAAGUGUAAAAAUUGUUCUAAGUCUCCUUUAGAUGUUUAAGAGGAUAUCUAAAAUUUACCUUUUUUAGUUUUGGUUUACUUGUGUCUGUGUCUUUGAUAAUAAAUUGUGAAUUCCUGAGGGGCUUCAGCCUCAUUUAUUUUUGCUUAGGGCAUAAGGGCUACUCAAAUCCGAGCUUCACUUUCUGAAUAAAGAGAUGAAUUCCUGCA